AUGAAUCUAUUAUAUCCAAUAGAAUUUUUGAAUAAGCUUGAAUUUAACGGAUUACCAUCACAUGAAUUAACUUUAAAAAUUGGAAUGCCUAUCAUGUUACUAAGAAAUUUAAAUCAAAUGUCUGGUUUAUGCAAUGGUACAAGAUUAAUAAUAACACAAUUAUUUGAUCGACUAAUAGAAGCAAAAAUAUUAACAGGAAACAACAUAGGUCAAAAAUUUUUUAUACCUAGAAUUGUUCUUAUUGCAUCUGAAAACAAAUGGCCAUUUAUUUUUAAAAGACGACAAUUUCCAAUAAGACCAUGUUAUGCUAUGACUAUCAACAAAAGUCAAGGUCAGUCACUAAAUCAAGUGGGCAUAUAUUUACCUGAACCUGUUUUUACACAUGGACAAUUAUAUGUAGCGCUCUCAAGAGUUACAUCAAGAAAUGGGUUAAAAAUUUUAAUAAACAAUAACAACGAUAUGCCAAAUAAAUACACUAAAAAUAUUGUUUACAAAGAUGUGUUACAAAAUUUAUAAAUAGAAACAAGACAAACAAAAAAUUUAUCUAUUCAUUUGAAAUUCUUAUACCAAACGAAAGUUUGAUAUAUUUUCGUUUGAUAUAUGCCUUUCAAUUAGGAAAGCCUCCAUUAAGCUUAACAUCUACUGUUGCGAUAUCGCCAAAAACUGGGUAAAAUUUGGUUCUCAUAGAAUCACUUGAUUUAAUCAAUCUUUUGAUUCUCUCUUAUUCUAUUAUAUAUGUGUGUUUUGCUGACACUUUAUUCAUGUCUUGAAUUUAAUGGU